AUGUCCAGCCAGCCUCUUCUCCAGACAGCGCCAGGCAAGCGUAUUGCACUGCCGACCCGAGUCGAACCGAAGGUGUUCUUUGCCAACGAGCGAACGUUCCUAUCAUGGCUCAACUUUACCGUUAUCCUUGGUGCCCUCGCCAUUGGCAUGCUGAACUUCGGAGACCGACCCGCCUUCAUCUCUGCCUUCCUGUUCACUGCUGUCGCCAUGUUCACGAUGUUAUAUGCAUUAGUAACAUAUCACUGGCGAGCGCACUCUAUACGGCAGAGAGGCCAGUCUGGAUUUGAUGACCGCUACGGGCCGACUGUCCUGGCCAUCGUCCUUUUCGGGGCUGUCGUGGUCAACUUUGUGCUGCGGAUAAUCUACUCGGGCGGUGAAGCUGGCAAGAAGCAUUAG